AUGGAUGAAGAAGCAAGCACCAAGGCCCUCACUAUCAAGAUCGCAAACGCCGGCGGGAAGAAACCCGCCAGCAGCUCGGUGUCCUCCUCGCCGUACAACUCUCCGUUGGUCUCCCCGCCGUCGUCGGCCUUCGUGUCCGCCCUGCAGUCUCCGUACAUUUCCCCCCGGGCGGUCUCCUCUGUCGCCGACGCCGGAGACACCCCCGUCCCUGGCGAAGGGAGUUGCCCCACGCCGGCGACCUCCCUGACACACCCCUCCCCGCCGGUCUCUUGCUCCGGCUCCCAGUCCGACGACCUCCCCAGCACCUCCCACACGCCGCCGCCGGAGAAACCAGCGGCGGCGGCGGAGACCGCGCCGCGGAUUUCGUUCUCGUUCCAGAUCCCAAGAAUCUCCUUCGCCAAGGGCUCCGUCUCGCCGGCUUCGAACGCCAAGCUCCGGAGCUGCGACGUCUACAUCGGGUACCACGGCCAGAACCCUAAUCUCGUCCGCCUCUGCAAGUGGCUCAAAUCAGAGCUCGAAAUCCAAGGCAUCGCCUGCUUCGUCGCCGACCGAGCCAGAUACUCCGACAACCAGAGUCACGAAAUCGCCGACAGGGUCAUAUCCUCCGUCGCUCACGGCGUCGUCGUCAUCACCGCCGCCAGCCUCUUCAACCACCUCACCCUGGAGGAGAUCCGGUUCUUCGCCCAGAAGAAGAACCUCAUCCCCCUGUUCUUCGACACCGACGCCGGCGACAUAGCCGGAAUCUUCAACCCCCACACCGGCAACAAGGAGUUCAAGGACGCCUUGGACGGCCUCAUGAGAUUCCACGAACACAAACUCGAGGCCAACGACGGCAACUGGAGAAACUGCGUGAACAGAGCCGCCGGGAUACUGAGAUCGAAGCUCGGACGAAAAAGUGUCGCCGGAAAAGAACCCGACACCCACGACAAGCUGCCAUUCCCGAGAAAUAAACACUUUUUGGGGAGAGAAAAAGAGCUCAUGGACAUCGAAUCGGCAUUUUUUGGGUGUGGCGACUAUUGGGACCAAGAAUACAACGGAAACUCUCAUAGCGGUAAAACUGAGCCCGGACCCGGACAAUCAGACGGGCUUGCCGAUGGAGAGAGUGAGGCUGACGGUGCCAAAGGCAAAUACAUUAGCUUGGAGGUCGGGAGGUGCCGGGAACCGAAUCUUGAGGCAUGGGUCGAGCCCGUCAUCAGCCGUAGCUCACUUAAAAGGCCGAAAUACAAAAAGACGAAGAGCGGUAAGUACAAAAGCUUCGGCUGCAGUAGCAUCGUGUGCAUAAAUGGGUCGCCAGGCAUCGGGAAAACCGAGCUGGCCUUGGAAUUCGCUUACCGUUACUCACAAAGGUACAAGAUGGUCCUUUGGGUCGGAGGCGAAUCUAGAUACUUUCGGCAGAACAUAUUGAAUCUAUCCGUAAGCAUGGGAUUAGACGUAAGUGCUGAGGAGGAGAGGGAUAGAGGAAGAAUCCGUAGCUUCGACGAACAAGAAUCGGAGGCUUUCAAACGGGUCAAAAGGGAGCUCUUUCGCGACACGCCUUACUUGCUCGUGAUCGACAAUUUGGAGAGCGAGAAAGAGUGGUGGGAAGGUAAAGACCUCCACGACCUCAUCCCGAGGAACACGGGCGGGACCAACGUCAUCAUCGCGACCCGUCUCUCGAGAGUGAUGACCCUUGAACCGAUGCACCUCCACCCGCUGCCGCUCCCCGAGGCGAUGACCCUAAUCCGGGGGAGGCGGAGGAGGGAGUACCCAACCGACGAGCUCGCCUUUCUAGCGAAAUUCGACGAGAAGUUGGGUAGGUCGGGCUUCGGGAUUUCGGUCGUGGGCUCGUUGCUCUCCGAGCUCUCGAUCGGGCCCUCAGCCCUAUUCGAGGCAGUCUCCCGGGUCCAAGUCGACGAAAGUCCUCCUCCGACGAGCCCAUUUUUGACAAAAGUCCUAUCCUUUUGUGCCGACGUGUUGGAGCGGACGGGUGGGGCCCGCAACGCCCUAUCGUCGAGGAUGCUCCGGGUUGGGCCAUGGUUCGCGCCGGGCCCCGUCCCGUCAGAUUUGCUAGCGGCCGCGGCCAGCCACGUGCCUUCAUCCAACGGGAGGAAGAAAUGGGCCGAGUGUGUGGGGCCCGCACUCUCGUGUUUUUUUGCGGGCCAGACGUGGAAGUGCGGAGGGGACAACGACUCGGCCCAACUCCUUGUCCGGCUCGGGCUGGCCCGGCGGGCCAUCCGGGUGGGGCAGCCCGGGCAGCUAUGGAUCCAAUUCCACCCGACCGCCCGAGAAUUUGCGAAAUGGAGAUACGGCGGGCCGCGGGGCGGCCCGUCAGCCGCAAAGGCCACGGUACAAGGGGUGAGGAAAAUCGGGAGCCCGAUCAUAACACCGGACCAUAUGUGGGCCACGGCGUUUCUCGUUUUCGGGUUCAAAAACGAGCCACCGCACGUCCAGCUCAAGCCGGCCGAGAUGGUACUUUUCAUAAAACGAACCGCGAUUCCGCUGGCUAUACAAGCUUUCACGGCAUUUUCGCGGUGUAACUCGGCGUUGGAGCUGCUGAAGGUGUGCACGAACGUGCUCGAGGAAAUCGAGAAGUCGUUCGUUUGCCAACUGCAGGAUUGGUGUCACGGGUCUUUGUGCUGGAAGAAGAAGAAAUCGGGAGGGGAAAGUAGUGGGGUAGACGAGCACGUGUGGCAAGAGGUGACUCUGCUGAAAGCAGCUCUGUUGGAGACGAGGGCAAAGCUGCUGAUUAGAGGGGGGAAUUUCGACAGUGGGGAGGAGCUUUGCCGGACGUGCAUUAGCAUAAGAACGGUGAUGCUCGGGCAUAAUCACGGGCAGACGCUAGCGGCUCAGGAGACGCUGGCCAAGCUGGUAAGGAUGAGGAGCAAGAUUUGA